CUGUGCGGGGCGCUGCGGAGCCUGCUGGCCAGCCCCAGCAACGAAGUGACUUUACUGGACUCACGCACAGUCAUGGGGGAUCUGGGAUGGAUAGCCUACCCGAAAAAUGGGUGGGAAGAAAUUGGUGAGGUGGAUGAAAAUUAUGCUCCAAUACACACAUAUCAAGUGUGCAAAGUAAUGGAACAGAAUCAGAACAACUGGCUUCUGACUAGCUGGAUCUCCAAUGAAGGAGCCUCCCGGAUCUUCAUUGAACUCAAGUUCACUCUGAGGGACUGUAACAGUCUUCCAGGAGGACUCGGGACUUGCAAAGAGACUUUCAAUGUGUAUUACUUUGAAUCGGACGACGCAGACGGAAGGAACGUCAAAGAAAACCAGUACAUCAAGAUCGACACCAUUGCCGCAGAUGAGAGCUUCACAGAGCUCGACCUUGGAGACCGAGUCAUGAAACUGAACACCGAGGUCAGAGAUGUUGGGCCUCUGACCAAAAAGGGAUUUUACUUGGCUUUCCAGGAUGUAGGUGCCUGCAUCGCCCUGGUGUCCGUGCGAGUGUAUUACAAAAAGUGCCCUUCCGUUAUACGUAACCUGGCCCUCUUUCCCGACACCAUCACUGGGGCAGAUUCCUCCCAGCUGCUGGAAGUGUCGGGCUCGUGUGUGAACCACUCUGUGACCGAUGAGCCUCCAAAGAUGCACUGCAGUGCAGAAGGGGAAUGGCUGGUGCCCAUUGGAAAAUGCAUGUGUAAGGCAGGGUACGAGGAGAAGAACAGCACCUGUCAAGUCUGCAGACCUGGAUUCUUCAAGGCCUCUCCCCAGAGCCCAUCCUGCAGUAAGUGCCCCCCUCACAGCUACACGCACGAGGAAGCGUCCACCUCCUGUCUGUGUGAAGAACACUAUUUCAGAAGGGAGUCGGACCCACCUACAAUGGCCUGUACAAGACCCCCCUCAGCUCCUCGGAAUGCCAUCUCAAAUGUUAACGAGACUAGUGUCUUCCUGGAAUGGAUUCCCCCGGCUGACACCGGUGGAAGGAAAGAUGUGUCUUAUUAUAUUGCAUGCAAGAAGUGCAGCUCCCACUCGGGGCUGUGUGAGGCGUGUGGCAGUCAUGUCAGGUACCUCCCCCAGCAAAUCGGCCUGAAAAACACCUCUGUCAUGAUGGUGGACCUGCUUGCUCAUACAAACUAUACCUUUGAAAUUGAGGCAGUGAACGGAGUGUCCGACCAGAGCCCUGCAGCGCGGCAGUAUGUGUCUGUAAAUGUAACCACAAAUCAGGCAGCACCUUCUCCAAUCAGUAUUGUGAAAAAAGGAAAGAUAGCUAAAAAUAGCAUCUUCCUUUCCUGGCAGGAGCCGGAUCGACCCAACGGCAUCAUCCUGGAGUAUGAAAUCAAAUAUUUUGAAAAGGAUCAAGAGACCAGCUACACCAUCAUCAAAUCGAAAGAGACGAAGAUCACGGUGGAUGGCUUGAAACCAGCGUCGACAUAUAUCUUCCAAAUCCGAGCGCGCACGGCAGCAGGGUAUGGUGGCUUCAGUCGAAGAUUUGAGUUUGAAACCAGCCCAGUGUCAGUAGCUGCAUCCAGGGAUCAGAGCCAGAUUCCUAUAAUUGCUGUGUCAGUAACAGUGGGAGUUAUCCUGUUGGCGGUGGUUAUUGGUUUCCUUCUCAGUGGAAGGCGAUGUGGAUACAGCAAAGCUAAACAAGAUCCAGAAGAAGAAAAGAUGCACUUUCAUAACGGCCACAGUGAAUUUGGGGAAGUUUGUAGUGGGCGUCUGAAACUCCCUGGAAAACGCGAGUUUCCAGUGGCCAUAAAAACCCUCAAAGUGGGCUACACUGAAAAGCAAAGACGAGAUUUCCUGGGGGAAGCAAGCAUCAUGGGACAGUUUGACCAUCCCAAUAUCAUUCACUUGGAAGGUGUUGUCACAAAAAGUAAGCCAGUAAUGAUAGUGACAGAGUACAUGGAGAAUGGCUCUCUUGACACAUUUUUAAAGAAGAACGAUGGGCAGUUCACUGUCAUUCAGCUGGUUGGGAUGCUGAGAGGCAUUGCGUCAGGCAUGAAGUACCUGUCAGACAUGGGUUACGUACAUAGAGACCUUGCUGCCAGAAACAUCCUCAUCAACAGCAAUUUAGUGUGCAAAGUGUCUGACUUCGGACUGUCCAGAGUCCUAGAAGAUGACCCUGAAGCAGCGUACACAACAAGGGGAGGGAAGAUCCCAAUCAGAUGGACAGCCCCAGAAGCCAUCGCCUUCCGCAAAUUCACCUCGGCCAGCGACGUCUGGAGCUAUGGGAUAGUGAUGUGGGAAGUAGUGUCUUAUGGAGAGAGGCCCUACUGGGAGAUGACCAAUCAAGAUGUGAUAAAAGCUGUGGAGGAGGGCUACCGUUUGCCAAGUCCCAUGGACUGCCCGGCUGCUCUUUACCAGCUAAUGCUCGACUGCUGGCAGAAAGAUCGGAACAGCAGGCCCAAGUUUGACGAAAUUGUCAGCAUGUUGGACAAGCUCAUCCGUAACCCGAGCAGCUUGAAGACACUGGUUAAUGCAUCGAGCAGAGUGUCAAAUUUAUUAGUAGAACAUAGCCCCUUGGGAAGUGGCACCUACAGAUCCGUAGGUGAAUGGCUGGAAGCCAUCAAAAUGGGACGGUACACAGAGAUCUUCAUGGAAAAUGGAUACAGUUCAAUGGAUGCCGUGGCUCAGGUGACCUUGGAGGAUUUGAGGCGGCUUGGAGUGACACUUGUUGGUCACCAGAAGAAGAUAAUGAGCAGCCUUCAAGAGAUGAAGGUCCAGUUGGUGAAUGGGAUGGUGCCAUUGUAACUUGGUUUUAAAGUCACUUUCUCAAGUGAUCGACCCUGCACUUUGUAAACUAGCCCUGAGAUUUAUUAUAAGAAAAAAAAAGGGAAAAUCGGUUAUUUCUAUAACUGAUGGACAUUGGCUGGCCUCUGCCACAUAAUUUAUAAUCAGUGUUUGACUAAAAUUUUCCUUUCCUUCCUAUUUGUGUCUUCAUAUUCCUGAAGUAAAUGUAACAUGCAUGGAAAUGGAUCUACUGUACAUGAGGUUAACCAUUUUCUUAUGCUUCAGCAAUGACAAGAAAAAGGCUUCCCGCCACACUUUGUCUGUACAUGGACUAUAUAGAGAGCACCUUUAUAUACUGAAUUAUGGCAGCACAUGUUAAUACUUCCAAGGACUUACUUGAAUGGAAAAGUUUUGUAGUCAUUCAUGGGCUAACAAAAGCUGCAGUUUACUGAAGUUUACUUCAAGUCUUAAUUGUCUACAGAAGUGUAUUGAAGAGCAAUAUGAUUAGAUUAUUUCUUGAUAGAUAUUUUGUUUCGUAAAUUUAAAAGAUGCUGUUACACAGCGUUACGUUAUAGAGACUAGUGUAGAAACAUGUUGCUUGUUCAGUGGCAAAUACAAUACAGGGUGUAUAUUUUCCCCCCUCUGUGUUAUAAAGUUCCUUUUAAUUUGCUCUUCUGUGAGAUGAAUACAUGAUUAAUAUGUAUAUACUGUACAGUUUGCUACACACCCAGGUACAAGAAUUUUUGGUUAGAUUUGGUUUUGGUUGGUUUGGUUUUGGUUGUUUUGUGCUACCACUUUGCUUGUAUUUUUGCUGCUCUUUAGUUCAAACAACAUAUGAAAACAAAGCUUUCAGGAGUUUUAAUUACAUAUGUGAGGGAGCAAGCGUGCAUUUCAAUAAAAGUCAUUUCUCCCUCUAUUUCUACAUGAGCUCUGGCUAUUAAGGGGCAGAUUUCAAAAACAUAAAUGGGAGUUAGCCAUCCAACUCACACUGGCUUUCAAUGGCAGUUGGGUACCUAAUUUCUUCUGUACCUUUGAAAGUCUCCCCCUAAAAUAUCCAGCAUGGCUCAGCACCCCUGUGUACUGUAACCAGUCUGGUACAAACGGACUUAAUCUCAGGGACCCAUGUGCUUCCAAGCCAACUGGGUCUGGGUACAGACUAGUCACUGUUUUUAGCUCUGGAUCUAUAGGGUGCACUCCCAGGCUCAGACCUCUUGUCUUGAGCCCUUCCUUGGCUUGUCAGUCCACCACCCUAGUCAAUAAAACCAGUGCCUCUGACCUCCCGAGCCACUCAGUUGCUUACACACGCUCGCCCAGAGCUUCACUGAGGCUGUGGGCUCUCUGGGGUCUGAUGUUAACUACUUGAAGGACAACAUGGCAGGGAAGCAGGGAGCACAGGCUUAGGCAAGGAGUCUCUUCACCACAGACACUUUACUCUUCAAAACAUUGCAGUUACAGAGCAUCAAAAUAUAAUGGAAGUCCUGAGUGCUCCAUUAGUCGGAUCUCACUGCUCUUGUGAGCCUGUGGUCUGGACAAAGUCCCUCCUGCCCUCUUGUUCCACCAAGCCUUCAGUUCUGUGGUGAUGGUCAGCCCCCCAACUCAGAGCAGCACCCCUUCUUAAGUGCAGUCUCUGUCUCCUUCGCCCAGGUGCUCCUCUGGAAGGCUUAUCCCUCUCCUCCUUCAGGCCCCAGUGUAGAAAAACCAUUGUUCCAUUGAGUCAGCAGUUGGGAGACAAUCAAAGUGGAUGGCCCUAGACUGUCAUAUUGAUUUCUCCUGAUGUCCCUUCAGUGAGAUGUCAAGCAGCUUUCCUGGGUAGAGUGUCUAUCUGCAAAGCAAUUCAAUAACCUUCCCUUGAUUAAGGUUAGGCUUGUGUUCGGCACAUCACACAAAAUGGAGUUCCUAACACAAGAUGGAGGUUACAGUUUGAUUCUUUGCAGUGUGGUAGCCAUGUUGAUCCCAGGAUAUGAGAGCGCCAAGGGGGGUGAGGUAAUCUUUUAAUGGACCAACUUCAAUUUGUGGAAGAGACCAGCUUUCGGGCUACAUAAAGCCAGACCCGAAGAAGAGAUCUGUGUAGCUCAAUAGCGCAGUUCUCUCACCAACAGAAGUUGGUCCAUUAAAAGAUAUUACCUCACCCAUCUUGUUACAGUUUGAUACAGACAUGUCCCACUCUGUCACAAAGCAUACAGGAGCAGAAGGAGAAAUGUGCUCAAUUUGAUAAAUGUAGUGGAAUCCUAUAAUAAUGGAGUCAUUUGUUUGAACAACAACAUUGCUCUAGCCAGAACUUGACCAGUUUCAGUUUGCACAUUGUAAAGCCCGGGUGCUGGGAUUUUCAAAGGAACCUAUGGGAAUUAGGCACCCAGCUCCCAUUGAAUCCCAUCUUGAAACAAUGAGGGACUUUGAUUGUAUUUCUGUAUAGAUGAAAUUCUCCAAUUGUCCAUAGUUGGCCCCAUAGUUCGUUUUAAGAAAAAAGGCUCUGAUAAAGAUAGGGAUUGAAAGACUUGCUCAAAUGAUGGCAAAUAUUUUUCAUUAUUCUAGGGAAUAUUAGUUGUUUAUAUGGGUUGGAUAGCAUCUUGCAGCAUUCUUUCUUGAAGAUGGUAUCAACAUAUUCUGUUUUCCUUUCUCUUCUUCACCUCUGGAAAAAAAAGAGCACCUAAUCUGUUGCUUGACUUAUUCAUUCCUCUCACUCAGACGCACGUAUCUGAAUACCACUUUAGUUGUUCUUAAACAUUUCUUCUUUUUAUAGUUCCUCAAACCCCAAAUACAAAUAGCAGCUUCUAAUCAAACAAAAUCUCUCACAAAGAAAGAUUUUCUAUGGGGCUUGUGCUCCUAAAUCCCUUUGGGGCAUCUGCAAGUUUCCUGCAAACUUGUUUAGUAAAAGCAUACACCUAAAAACCCAUCUUCCUUCUAGAACUGUUAGUUACUUCUC